AUGGACACCUCAUCAAAGAGAAGAAAAUCCGCAGUUCCAAAGAUGAAUCAAUUUCGCCCUUGUAUCGAUAUUCCCUUACGCGACAAUGGAUCAACAAAUAUUCUUGAGGUUUUAAAGUCAGCUGUCAGUGUUUUUGAUCAAAAUACUAUUGCAUUAGGAUCCUCUCGCUC